AACAGUAACCGGGGGUGGGGCCACAGCCGAGUCAUAGAUGUGGGCGUUUUCUCUUUCACUGCGAUCACAACUCGCCGGUGUCCAUAUAUGGUUCGUGACGUCACUAGCCGGAGGUCCCGUUCACAUAAAACCGAUCGGCCGGAAUCCCCUUGGAGGACAUGUAAGCACGGACGCGCACGGGAACCAUCGCUCACCCUUCUCCUCCAGUUGAAUUCUUAAGGCAAUAAUAAUAAUAACAAAUCCUCUGCGUCAAAAUGAAAGUCACCAGCAUAGACUGCCGGCGUCUGAGGAAGAUCAUCAGGAAGGAGUGCGCGAGCUGCCUUAUUGUGGAUUGUCGACCCUAUCUUUCCUUCGCGAGCUCCAACAUCGGGUGCUCCAUCAAUGUCAAUCUGAACUCAGUGGUGGUCCGGAGGUCCCGAGGAGGGCCGGUGCCUCUGCAGUUUGUCAUCCCGGAUGAGAGUUCCCUGCUCCGGCUCCGGGAGGGGAGCAUAUCGACCAUCAUAGCUCUGGAUGACCGGACGUCCCACUGGCAGAAACUGAAGAAGGACAGUGUAGCACAAAUAGUAAUAAACACUCUAUCGCAUCUGGCCAGCGGGGCAAACAUCUGUUUCCUGAAAGGAGGAUACGAGAACUUCCACUCUCAAUACCCUGAACUUUGCACUGAGGUGAAAACCCUCGACCAGAGCGGAACUGAAACCGAGAAAAGAGUCAACAACCACAGUGACAAGCUUUCUCACCGCAAACCAGAUUACGAUCAGGGUAAACCUGUAGAGAUCCUGCCUUUCCUCUACCUCGGUAGUGCCUACCACGCCUCCAGACAGGACUAUCUCAGCGACCUUCACAUCACGGCCUUGCUCAAUGUGUCGCGCAGGGACAUGCAGCCGGCCAAGGGCCUCUACGACUACAAGUGGAUCCCAGUGGAGGACAGUCACAUGGCCGACAUCAGCUCCCACUUCCAGGAGGCCAUAGAGUUUAUUGAUAACGUGAAGCAAUCAGGAGGAAAGGUUCUAGUCCAUUGCGAAGCAGGCAUCUCCCGCUCACCUACCAUCUGCAUGGCCUAUAUCAUGAGGACGCAGCAGCUGCGGUUGGAUGCGGCCUUCGACAUCAUCAAGCAGCGCCGGGCAGUCAUCUCACCCAACUUCAGUUUCAUGGGUCAGCUGCUGCAGUUUGAAUCAGAGGUCCUCUCAAUGGCCCCUGCUCAUGCCGCCACACCUGAACCUGCCACACCUUGCGCCCCAGAGUCCGCCUCCUUUUUCGCCAACGACUUCAACACCACUUUCAACACCAAAAACUUUGAGCCAUCUGUGUUCACCCUCCCUACCUCUUGCCUGCAGUCCCCGGUCCACCACCAGUUCACACUGAGCCCAAUAACUGCACUGCCUUAAAAUGAACCAUGACUGCUUGUAUCUUACUUGAAAAAAUAACAAUUGAUGCUCUCUGUGUGCCUCGUGUUGAAGCCAGCAGAGCAGAUAAACAGAAACAGAAGUGUCAAGGUAAUAGUAUUCAGUUCAUGGAACUAAUGAAAAAAACGAUGGGCUACAGACCUUGUUUACCUGUCCUCUGUACUUCUAUGAUGAAACAACACAGCACAGUGAUAUACUGCAAUAUACAUGCCUUAGGUUGAUAUUGUGAUUUAUGCCUAUUCACAAAUACAGUCAGGCAUGAAACCUAAUUUAUUUGCAAAAUUGUCUGUCUGAUUUUUUUCAAUAAUGUGGAUGUUAAUAUGUGUUUAAUAAAUGUUUUCACCAUGAAAAUUAA